CAAUUCAACAUGGCCGCCGCAGCGCAACACGACCCAACCUGACAGCGAACGGACAGCUGUCAGAUUAAAAAGCCAGCUCAAAAGAAAAAAAUUCAAAGCAAAAAAAAGCUCACACCGAAGCACACACGUCGCUCGGGCCAGUGCAAAGCAAGAAUUCUUUCCCUCUUCGAAAUCCUCAGCCCAGGCGUUUCAGCAACACCUAACUACAACCUUAAGGUGGCUGCAAAAGUGUAUUGUUUCCAGCGCAAUAAUCAUCCAUACGCGAAUACGUGUUGGCAAACGGUCUGUGCGGCCAGAAGUGAGUCUCCCCCCAGUGAUGGACUGUUGUGUGCGUCCCUAUCUCGCGGUUUUUUUGUAGGCGUUUUUAGCUGUGAUGCAGUGAAAUUCUUGGGCCAAGCCACCAGCAUCAAUGGAAUGCGCUGCAUUUGUCGAGCUUAAACAGUUAGCAUAAAAGUAAGCGUAGUAAAGCAUUCGUUUCGCCAGUGCCCCUUUUGCUGGGAGGUUCGAAUUGCGGCGACAAGAAAAUGGGUCGUCCCGUCAGCAUAAUGCACAACAUUCCAGGCUAAUUAUGCGAAGAAAAAAGUCGACUCCCGCACCUCGGCCGCUCGGAUGGAUCGCGUCGGUUAGUGGGGCCCGAUGAGCAGUGGCGUGGUGUGCUGUGUACCUGUUUACCGGGGGGCAGACGGUUACAGUGAAAAAGUUACACCAAAUAAAAGUGUUGAUGUUUGGUUGCGUCGGGACACAGAGGGGGCUCGCCUAGUACAGCCUUGCCGUGGAAUGCUGCUGAGAGUGCAACGCCGGAGCAGUAAGAAAAAGAAGGUCCUCUUUUGCCUUGCCUUACGGGGAUAUGACCACUCCGAUGCAAUCAAUCGAUACGUAAGAAAGUCCGAAGCAUAGCAAUAAGUGUGAUAGCAGAAGAUAAGUGAAGGGCAAAAGAAAAGGCUGCUAAGAUUGCCGCCUCACAACCGACCGAGUUUUGUUCUAAGUGCGAAAACAGGAGGCUGUGCGCCCGAAUCCUUGUAAAAGCGAUACGCGAGUGUUUUUUUUGGGGAGGGAGUAUCUUCACUCGAGAGAAAAAACAACAGAAAAGUCCAUUCCUCUUCUUCAUCGUCGCCCAAGAAGAGUGCUUCCAAGAAUUUCGAGUGCCGGGCCUAGAUCCCGUUUAAAGUGCGUUCGGUGGUCCGUGCGUUAGUGUGCGUUAAAAAGGGUCCAGCAAAAGAAAGGGCGCCUCCGUGAAGCAAGUGCGUGCGUGAGAUAGUGUGUGUGUGUGUGCGUGUGUACGGGACGACGAAGGAAAGGAAACAGCGAAGACGUCCCAACAUGGACGAGCGGUUGCUGAACGAUCUGCUGGAAUGUUCCGUUUGCCUGGAACGGUUGGAUUCUUCCUCGAAAGUGCUUCCCUGCCAGCAUACCUUCUGCCGGAAAUGUCUCGAGGAAAUCGUUGCCAGCCACCAAGAGCUACGAUGUCCCGAGUGUCGCGUACUGGUCGAGGUGCGGAUAGACGAGCUGCCACCGAAUGUUCUGCUGAUGCGAAUAUUGGAAGGCAUGAAAACGGCGGAACUGAACAGCCAAAAUACAAACCAGACGACCAACAACGGCAAACCCACGGGCAAUCGCAAUCAAUCACAUGGCGCCGCACCGAAUGCGGUCAACUAUCAGCAGCACCACCAGCACCACCAACAUCCAUCAUCGGGUGGAGUGCACGGUGCUAAAAUAGGCAAAUCGUCCACCCAGGGCACGGGCGACAACGGGCAGUCUGCGCUGCACCCUUCCCAUCCCCAGCAGCAUCAUCACCACCACCAGCAUCCACCGUUGUCACGCAUUAUUGGAGCGGGCGGUGUAACUGGUACGGGCGCAAAUAAUGCAUCGCUCGAUCUGUCGAAAAUCCCACACGCAAAAGCGUUCUACGAUUUUUCCUCCAGCGAAACAAGUGACAUCAGCUUCCGCAAAGGGGACAUUAUAAUACUGAAGAAGAAAAUCGAUCACAAUUGGUGCGUGGGGGAGGUAAAUGGGAAGGAAGGUGCGGUACCGCUGAACCACAUCAAGGUGAUCGUACCGUUGCCGUUCCCGCAGUGCAAAGCACUGUACGAUUUUCGCAUGGGACCAUCGGAAGAGGAAGGCUGUCUGACGUUUAAGAAGGGCGCUCUCAUACAUGUGCUGCGGCGUGUCGAUCAGAACUGGGCGGAGGGAAGGAUUGCGGACAAGAUUGGCAUCUUUCCGAUAUCGUUUGUCGAGAUGAAUGGGUUGGCGAAGCAUAUGAUGGACUCAUCGCUAAAGCACAUACUCAGCAACUCCAACCGAACCGUACCUCCGACACCGUUCGAUUUAAAUGCCAGUGCCACCAGCAGCAGCGAUACCAGCUCCAGCGUUACCACCAGUCCCAACUCUUCCACCAGUACGACCAGCUCCAACUCCAGUACCGCUCCCAGCAGUCCUACGGCGCACUUCCUCCAACCACAGCCUGCUGCCGGUGGUGGCAAACAGCACCAAUCGAAAUCGCGUUCCGAUCCGGCAAAUCGCGAAAAACGACAUUCCCUUACGACGGCUGGACUGCCAACCAACAGCGCCGGCGGUGCACUGCAAACGAACCAAUCCACACCCCAUCGACAUUCGACGGAAAUGCUGAACAGUGAUGGUGUGGGCGACGGGAAAACGGUACGUCAGCCGGUGGACACUGCUGCGGCAACGACUGGCUCGUCCUCAACGGCUGCCACUCCCUACCAGAAGUGCAACGUGACGAAAGCUAGUCAAAUGUACCAGCAACAUCCGCAGCUACCGACCACGUACAUCGCGCUGUACCCUUACAAACCGCAGAAACCGGACGAGUUGGAACUUAAAAAAGGAUCAAUUUAUUACGUCACGGAACGUUGCCAGGAUGGUUGGUUCAAGGGUACAAACUGGCAGAAAAAGUCUGGCGUUUUUCCGGGCAAUUAUGUCGCCAUUCACAAAGGCAGAGAUGGUGCUUCGGCGACAUCUCGCAACGCAAGCGCACACUCCUCGGGCAAGAUGAAUAACGUUUCCAGCCCACAAACCGCCGGUUCCUCAGCGUCGGCCGGUGGCUGCUCUUCCAACGGUGCCAUGAAUAGUCCAUCGAAUGGUGGAUCGUCCUCUCCGCAACAGCAACCACUGCAGCUACCCGAGCUACCGCCACGCAACACAACAGCGGUACCGCAACAGCAGGGCAUGAAGUACAUCGAUUCCAUCUUCGGCCGGCAAGGAUCUACUGACGGUGGUCCUGGAUCGCCCAAUAAUGAGCAGCAAUCUGCGGGUCAGGAUGCAUCGUGCGCGACGACACCACCGGCCACGGGAAAGGUGAAGAAAGAUUCGUCGGCGGUCAGCUUGAUGAAGCGGCUAACCAACAUGAAACGAUCGAAAUCACCGACCGGUGGUUGCUCGGGUGGGACAGCCAAUCCGGCGUAUACGAGCGACAGUUCACUGUUCGAAGAGAUGGCAGGGGCGGCCGACGCCGCGAUACUGGCUGCCGGUGGCACACCAGCUCAGAUGGCGAAAGCGCACUUUAAACAAAUUGCCAAUCCCGUUCACGUACGGUCGGGUUCGUGUCCAAGUCAGCUGCUACAGAAUUUACCGAUGGAUUUGAUGAUAAACGGUGGUGGUGCAACACAUUCCAUUCAGCAGCAGCAGCAGCAGCAACAACAGAGCCAGCAACACCACCAUCAACCGAAUCAUCCCGCGCUGGCAGGUGUUCGAGGGGAAAACGUUCCGAUGAUGUAUGGCUCGCAGCGCAUCAAACCACACAAAGAGCGGCCCUCGAUGCAUGGAUUUAAAUAUGGCGACCACACCGUGGUGACGGCCAUGCCAAAACACAUUGCCCACGAAGCACCCGCCUCAACGUCCUCGUCGCACAUGGUCGCCAAGCAGCAGCAACAGUCCCAGAUCUACCAUCGAAAGUCACAGAGCCUCGACGCUUCCGCCAUCAUCUCGCAGCUCGGCCCAUCACAGCACACUUCCGCUACGGCGACCGUCGUUGCCACCGUGGCAGCCAACGGAACACCGUCGAAAUCAGCCUCCAAAUCGUCCCAUUCGCAAUCCGUUCGGGAAAGAUUCAAAUGUAUCGUCCCGUACCCACCGAACAGCGAGUAUGAGCUCGAGCUGCGCGUCGGUGAUAUUGUGAUGGUGCACAAAAAGCGUGAUAACGGAUGGUACAAAGGAACGCACGCCCGUUCCGGCAAAACGGGCCUCUUUCCUGCCUCGUUCGUUGAGCCGGACGUAUGAUGUGGUGCUGGGAGGUAUGGCGCGAUGGGCAGCAUCGGCCACAGCCGGCAAGUACAACAACAGCAACAGUGGAACAACUAAAGUGCAACAAACACAAAGGCAACAGAUGUACCUUCGAAACGAUUCGAACCCCUUUUUGCAAACUUCCCAUAUCGGACCUGAUGAUACGUGUCGGCAGUUAAGGUGCAGCAAGAAGAAGUGAAGAUCUUGUCGUGCUUGUAAAGCACAGUCGGGCAAAGAACUGAGCUACGUGUAAGCAUAUUCCCGGUACAGGCAGGUACCUACACAGCAGCAAUAUUAAACUAGCAUAAUACUAACGUUAGCAGUAUUGUGUUAUACGGCGGUCGUUUCGAUCUUCCAUCUCCAGUGUUAAAUGAACGAUUCGCGUGACUCUGGAAACUGAAUCUCUCUAUAUUGGCAAGCAAUAGUGUCCCGGUGAGCGAGUAAUGCUGAUUUACUUUUAAUUAUUAGCUCUUUAUGGUGCUCUUUAAUCCUAUCCCUCCAUCGAUUUUGGUUCGUGUGAAGGAAAACCGACCGUUUAAUAUUAAUCACGCUUAACUGAUUCAUUCUAAUUCGCUGCCAAGUAUUUGCGUUUAUCGUUUAUUAGAUUAUAUAGUUUUAAAUUUAAACACUAAGCAAUUUUAAAAUACUAGCUCUAUCUCUUUCUCUCUCUCUCUAUCUCUCUCUGCGUUUUACAGGGUUUCUCAGGCUCAGCACUAAACACUAGCUCAAAAUCGUAUAUGCAGGCAUUUUCCAUUGUUUAGUUGGUAUUUUACGGAGUUGAGCGUAGAUUUUCCCUUGUUGAGAAGGGUUAAUGUUAACAUACAGCGUUACAAUGUUGAACUGGCCUGAGAAACCUUGGAAUGUAUCCGCGCACUCAAGCCCUCUUCCAAUGCCAUACUUAAGCGAGAGACUUAUUACUGUUUUGUGUGAGAAAGCUACUACUGAAAGCAUUUUUAUUGCAUUUUGCUUUUACAUACGCGUACGGACUGUUUUUAUUUCGAUUACACAAAAUACUCAGCACAAAAAAGAAGAAACCUACAAAAACUAUCAAAACGGCGUACAAGAUCUAUUAAAUAGAUUGAAAAGAAAAGCGCACAAAUACGCACACACAAAAAAAAAAUGGCAUCAGCCGUCGGCACGGUGGGAAGAGCAAAGUUAGUUAAAUGUGAAAUGCAUGCUCUGCUCCCUUGGUCCGUGGCCAAAAAUUGACUCAACCUCGGUUUACUGGUUCGUUAUCUGUGAAAGUGUGAUUACAAUUUUAGUAAUAUUUUAUCUGUAUGGACAAGAACAUUGAAGAGUGCUAAGAAAACCGUUACGCUAAUGGGUGUGUGUGUGUGUUUUUGAGUGUGUGUGUGUGUGUGGUAUGAUUGUAUAUGGUAGCUGAGCUGAUCAUCAUUAUGAGACGCAUUUAAAGAAGAGUACGUUUAAGAAGCGAAUGUUGAACGCAACUAGAACGAUCGAUAGGCAAAAUUAUAUACGUAGAGUACGCACUGGAGUGUAGUACACUAUCCCUGUUGUGUUAGGUAAGUGAUAAAAAAAUCCGAACGCGGUGUCUACUACUACUACUACAACUACUAUUAUUACUACUGUCACUAAAACGACUACUAAUGAGUAACAGAAGAGAAGCACAUAUAUUUAAGUGUACUGUGAGAUCAGCUAGCCAUCUACGCAGGUUGGGGAAGAAUCUUCCGGGGGCGAAGGCAUAUGCGCGAAUACGAUUUACUUGCAAGCCCAAGAUGGGACACUAGUCAAGGACGCACAACCAACUCCUUUUGCACGAAGAAACUGUGUCAAUACCGGGUUCUUGUCUUUGAUAGAGAAUUUAUCUAACCGUGUGAGCUACGCAAUACAGGUUUAAAACAUAAAACGGAUAGAUCUUAUUGUCUAACACCAAAAUUGUCGUCAAAUUGGCAAAACAACAUCCAACUCCAUCCAUCCAUUGUAUUGUAACGUAAAUCCGCGUCUGAAUGCACACAAAUUUACAAUGACCUGGGAGGGGGGGGGGGGGAAUACUUUUUGACUGUUUUUUGUUUUAUUUUUUUAGACAAAACAGAAUACCAUAUUUAUUCGGAUAUACUCACAUUCGAUGUUCCCGCAAAAGUGAUGCAUUGUACUUGAUGGAACUCCGCACUCAAAUGUUAUUCAGAAACAACAAAAUGACCUAGCUAAUUGAAUGAAAAGCAUGCAAUAGGGGAGAUGGAUGAUUUGAGUGUGGUAUGGUUUGUCUGUGUCCUGUGUCCUGUUAUGUCUGUCCUGGGUGUGACGUAUGUAUGUAUGUGUGCAUGUCUUUACUUGAUAAGCCGGUGAUUAGUGUGGUAAUUUAGGAGAAAUAAAACAGCAAACAAAUUCAA